AUGCAGUUACUAUGGACAUCAGGAAUCGGAUGGGACGAUCCCAUUCCCGAGCAAAUUCCCCGUCGACUUACCACGGAAGGAGAAACUCAGUAUGAACUCCACGUCUUCUCAGACAGUUCCGAAAAGGGUUAUGCGGCCGCAGUGUAUCUACGUUGUGAUUCCGGAAACCGCGUAAAUUGCAACCUCAUCACAGCAAAAUCCAAGGUGUCACCUCUGAAACGAGUGACUAUCCCAUGGUUAGAAUUAUGCGGUGCAGUGUUGGCAGCUCAACUGUUGCACUAUGUGCACGAACUUCUCAAACAAGUACUAUCCAUCAACGCCAUGCACGCCUGGACUGAUUCAACGACCACUCUCGCCUGGAUUCAAUCAUCUCCACAUCGAUGGGCUACGUUUACUGCAAACAGAACCAGCCAGAUCCAGAGCCUCACACCACCAUCACUUUGGCGAUAUGUUCCAACCAGCGAAAAUCCAGUAGACUGCGCGUCUCGUGGACUCUACCCUACCAAACUUCUGAAACAUCCAAUGUGGUGGAAUGGACCUGCGUUCCUGGUCCAAGAUCACAGUACAUGGCCCUUAUGUCUUGCUACAGCCGUUACAGACCUCGAAGCACGACCCACAGUCCUCGUGAUAACGCCGACUACUACCAUUUUUGACCACCUCAUCCAUCGAUUUUCGUCAUUACAAAGGAUCAUUCGCAUCAUCGCAUAUUGUAAACGAGUUUUUGCGAACAUCAAACCCAACAGAAUAGAACCAUCGACCACUGAACCAAGUCAUGCACUGGAAGUCAUUAUACUCGCCGUACAAAGACAAGCGUUCGGUGACGAAGAUCCUACUCACAAAGGCGCCAGCAAGUUACGUGGCUUGAAUCCCUUUAUUGACAACCAUGGACUCCUUCGAGUUGGAGGUCGUCUGGUUCACGCUGAUAUUCCGUAUGAGCAGAAGCACCCGAGUCUUCUGCCGAGGACACAUCGAUUUACUCACUUGCUAAUUGACGACACCCACCGUCAACUCAAGCACCCAGGAGCUACGACAAUGCAAUCCAUCAUCCAGCAACAUUAUUGGAUUGUAGCUAGUCGCCAAGUUAUUAAAUCUCGUUUACGUCACUGUAUUGCCUGUUAUCGAAUUCGUUCUCGAGGAGUUCAGCCUGUAAUGGGAAAUUUGCCAAAAUUCCGUCUACAGCAAGUAAAGCCAUUCACUGCAGUCGGGGUCGACUACGCUGGUCCAAUCCUGUUAAAACCGUCAACAACACGCAGAACUGUACCAUGCCAGGCAUACAUAUGCCUCUUCAUCUGCAUGGCAACAAAGGCGCUAUAUCUUGAACUCGCCUCAGACUUGUCCACUGAGACUUUUCUGAUGGCCUUUAGUCGUUUUAUUUCACGUCGAGGCCCAAUUCAACAGAUGCACAGUGACUGUGGAACCAACUUUGUAGGUGCCUCCAAGUUGUUUGAAACAGUUGAUAAAUCCACGCAAUCUACUGAACACCAGGAAAAAACUAUCAGUCUACAUCGACUCAAGUACGAAGAACUCAGUACCCUUUUAACUCAGAUCGAAGCCACACUAAAUUCACGGCCGUUGAGUGCACUCAGUCCUGAUCCAUUGGACUUCGAUGCACUAUCGCCCAGUCAUUUCCUUACACUGAUGCCCAGCACUGCAAACGUCGAUCCGAGCUUGGAUAACAUACCAACGUCACAUUAUAAACGCUGGAAACUAAUUUUGGAGCUACACAACCACUUUUGGAAACGUUGGAAAAACGAAUAUCUACAGACUCUCCAGCUUCGAUCGAAAUGGUUAACCGGUCAAAAGAACCUAACGGUCGAUACGUUGGUCCUUAUUCGAGAACCAACUCCUCCGCUGUGCUGGAAGCUUGGGCGGAUCACGGAAGUUCAUCCAGGACAAGAUGGUGUCGUCAGGGUGGCCACCGUGAAGACUGCAACCGGGCUUCUCAAACGUCCAACAGUCAAACUUUGUUGCCGAAACAAAAAUGAAUGCAAAGCUCGGGUACACACAACGGUAGACGAUAUUGAAAUAAUAAAAUCAAUAAAUGAACAUAUUCAUGAUUCUGAAGCACCAAAAAUCGAAGGAAAUAUAGCAGUUAACCGUAUAAAACGACGUGCAGCUGAAACCACGGAAUCCACAUCAAAUGUCAUAAAUGAAUGUCUGGCCGGAUUAUCAGAAGCAGUUAAAGUAGGUGCUGAAUAUUUAAAUUGUGUACACCCUAUUAUAUAUGCAUUACUGCCUGAUAAAUAUACAAAAACUAAAAAAACAUUUCCCAAAUAUUAUUAUUUAUGGUUGUUUCUUUCAACUCACAAAAAAUUUCAAAAAAAAAUUGGCGAAUUGCAUCUUAUAUCAAAAUAUAAUAACGAUGCAGAUUUUUCUAUUCAUGUUAAAAUGAUAAUUGCAAUUGCAUUUGUUUGCAUCAACAAUAUUGACAUGGCAAUCGACGCGUUAGAUGCAUAUUUAACAGAAGAACUUCAGUCCUUGCUUGAAUGGUUUGAAGAUAAUUAUAUCGGAAGAUUAAAUCGAAAUGGAUGUGGACGGAGACCUGCUAGAUUUCCACCAUCAAUUUGGAAUUUAUACGAACGAGUACUUAAUUGUAUACACAGAACAAAUAAUCAUGCAGAGGCUGCCAACCGUAGAAUAAAUGUUGAAAUGGGAAUAGUUCAUCCUACAUUAUGGUCAUUUAUAACGUGCUGAAAAAAGAUUCAAGCUAGAAGAGAUACAUAUUUAUUUCAAUUGGAAUCAGGAAGGAGUCCCCCUAAAAAGCUCAAAAAAUAUAUUGACACAGACAAACGUCUUUUAAACAUAGUUCAAGAAGCAGAUACAUGA